AUGAGGGGUGACUACCACAUUGAUGUCUGUAUCAACGACUAUCUAGAUGUAUUCUGCCCUCAUUAUGAGGACUCUGUGCCUGAAGAUAAAACUGAACGUUACGUUUUGUUCAUGGUGAACUUUGAUGGCUACAGCUCCUGUGAUCACACAUCAAAAGGCUUCAAAAGAUGGGAGUGCAAUCGACCCCACUCCUCCAAUGGACCUCUAAAGUUUUCAGAGAAAUUCCAACUCUUCACUCCCUUUUCAUUAGGAUUUGAAUUUAGACCGGGAAGAGAAUAUUACUAUAUAUGUGAGUAUCCUAAAAUAUUUCUGUAUUGA